CACACUCCCUCUCUUCCUCUUCCUCCUCUUCCUCUCGUUUUCUCGCCGAGCGAACAUCGGACAGAGAACCCAGAGAUGGUGAAGAAGGAGAAGAGAGCGAAUGUUUCCGGGAAACCUAAGCACUCGCUCGACGCGAAUCGUUCCGAUGGGAAGAAGAAGAGCACCAAUGGCCGUACCGCCGCCACUGUCCGGCGGCUGAAGAUGUACAACACCAGGCCGACGCGUGACACCGGCGGAAAAGUCAUUAGCAACGAGUUCCAGUCUAAGGAGUUGCCGAGCACGCGAAUCCAACCCGAUCGGAGAUGGUUUGGGAAUACGAGAGUUGUGAAUCAGAAAGAGCUGGAAUUCUUCAGGGAAGAGCUGCAAACUAGGAUGUCAAGUAAUUACAAUGUGAUUUUGAAGGAGAAGAAGAUGCCUCUCUCUCUUUUAUCUGAUCACCGGAAGCAAUCAAGAGUCCACCUCCUUGAUAUGGAGCCCUUUCAAGAUGCAUUUGGACCGAAGAAUAAAAGGAAACGUCCAAAGCUUGUGGCGUCUGAUUACGAGGCCUUGGUGAAGAAGGCGGAUGAGUCUCAAGAUGCGUAUGAACAGAAAUAUGGAGAGAGUACUUCUUCCGCACAAGGAGAAGAAGAAGACGGGUUUAGAGAUCUGGUUAGGCACACUAUGUUUGAGAAAGGACAGAGCAAACGUAUAUGGGGUGAGCUUUACAAAGUCAUAGACUCUUCAGAUGUUGUUGUCCAGGUUUUGGAUGCUAGGGAUCCUCAAGGAACUAGAUGUUACCACUUGGAAAAGGCAUUGAAAGAGCAUCACAAGCACAAACACAUGGUUCUCUUGUUGAACAAGUGUGAUCUUGUGCCGGCUUGGGUUACAAAAGGAUGGUUGAGGGUAUUAUCUAAGGAAUAUCCAACUCUAGCAUUCCAUGCAAGCAUCAAUAAGUCAUUUGGAAAGGGUUCUCUACUUUCAGUGUUGAGGCAGUUUGCACGUCUGAAAAGUGAUAAGCAGGCCAUAUCUGUGGGAUUUGUUGGGUACCCAAAUGUCGGAAAAUCAUCAGUCAUCAACACAUUACGCACUAAAAAUGUUUGCAAGGUUGCUCCCAUUCCUGGGGAGACCAAAGUCUGGCAAUACAUCACACUCACUAAGAGGAUUUUCUUGAUUGAUUGUCCUGGAGUUGUUUACCAGAGCCGGGAUACCGAAACAGAUAUUGUUCUUAAGGGCGUGGUACGAGUCACGAACCUGGAGGAUGCAGCAGAACACAUCGGAGAAGUUCUGAAGCGUGUAAAAAGGGUGCACCUACAGAGAGCAUACAAAAUAAAGGACUGGGAGGAUGAUAAUGAUUUUCUGAUUCAGCUUUGCAAGGCUACAGGCAAAUUGCUAAGGGGAGGAGAACCCGACUUGAUGACCGGAGCAAAGAUGAUACUGCACGACUGGCAGAGGGGUCGGAUACCAUUCUUUGUACCGCCUCCAAAGCAAGAAAGUGAGACCUCGGAGGAACCCGCAAUGUCGGCCAUAGACAAGGAAGCCGUCGAGGGAGAUAACAAUCCAGCAGCAGUUGCAGCGUUCAAAGCCAUAGCCAGCAUCAUGUCCUCUCAGCAACAGAAAACUGUCCCUGUCCAAAGGGAUCUCUAUGAUGACAAUGAACUCAACGAUCGUAAUGCAAAGCAUUCUUCUGAAUCCGAUUGCCAAAAAGAUGCCGACCAUGAAGAUAAAGAGAUGUUAUCAAAUGAGGAUGAAGAUGAAGAUGAAGAUGAGGAUGAAAAUGAGGAAUCUUCAGAAAAUGAAGAUGAGAACCAAUAGGCGACGAUAACAGCUCAUCUAAAAACCCAGAUUUUGUAGCUUCUCAUAAACUUGUCCGUUUUUUUUUUAUUGUCGGAAGUUUCUGUUUUCUGUAGUGCAUCGAAGCAAUAAUCGUACCAAACCUUUGAUCA